AUGGAAGAUCGAAGACUAAGGGCUGAAGGAAAGAAGAAAGCGGUGGGUUCCUCUCGCUCUGAUUUUCCCGAGGAUAUUCCAGAGGGAUGUAAAAAACGAUUAAGCUGGAGCAACGUGAAAGGGAAAAACAUGUUAAGGGAAGUAGUGGAUCAAGGAAAUCAACCAUAUUGUUGGAACAUUUCAUCAAGUGGAAUGGUUUCAUCCCAUUUACACAUCCACGAGAAAACGGACUCACAUCUACCACUUUCAGCUGGACAUCUGUUUGUUGGCGUCAAGGGAAAAAAAGCUGACGGAUCUCUUAAAGAUUUUGAAUCUUUAAGAGAUUUUCUAGUAAAUGAAGGGAUGAUUCGUGAAGAAGAGUGUGUAUGUGUCAUUGAAGAGGGCUCUUGCUCAAAGUCAAAACCAAAAAACAAGAAAAAGAGCUCCAAGGUGGAAAAAGCCAAAGCCAAUCUAUGUCAUGGAAAAAUGAAGGGUAAAAGGAUAUGCAAGAUCAGAGAUUUGCAUAUUGUUAAGGACGUAGAUGAAAGGAAGUUGAUAGAGUUGCUACAGAAAGGUCCAGUUGUCGUGAGUAUAGGGGUAGCAAAUGACUUUAAGCUAUUUAAAGGGGAUGAAGUUCAUAGAGGAUAUAGUCAAAGCAAGACUGUAGAAGAAGAUCAUAUGAUCCUCUUGACCGGUUAUGACACAACUUCCGACGGAGUUAACUACUUUGAAUUUCAAAAUUCAUACGGUCUUGGCUGGGGGAAUAAUGGAUUUGGAAAAUUGAUUCGAAAGAGUAGCCGAAAGAAGGAAGAACCAUCUCUGAUCAAUUGUUAUAUCUAUCCAGAGCUUCUGGACGAAAUCCAAGGCAGACAGAGAGAGCAAUAG